AUGAAGGGAGAAGCUCAGCUGUAUAGCAUCAGCUGCAUUAAUGCACAAGGAGGAGUUUCUAAAGUGGCCGGUUAUGAAGAAUUAGCGCUAAACUCUGGCCACGCCCCCAUCCAUUCAAAAGGACCGACACAAAGCUGCUGCAUCACUUUCCUCCAGCAUCCGCUCACCUGGAUACACCACCUCACCUGCACACCUCAAACAACAGACAUGGAGGCCAAACUGCUGGUGUUGGUUGCGUUCGCGUGUGCCGUGUCCUGCGUGAGAGCUGGGACGGUGAGCGUCAACGUGACCCUGCAAGCUCCUAACAUCACCCGGAGCGGCUGCGGAACCUCCAAGAUGUGCCUGACGAGCUGCGACCCAGCGACCAGCCCCUCCAGCUGCUUCUACGCCUCCACCCAGCAGAGCAACUCCUCCCUGGUGUUCGAGCUCAGCGGCGGCACCACCGGCUACGUGGCUCUCGGCCUGUCCACCAACCUGACUCAGGGAGCCUCUAUUGUGUUUGUGUGUGGGAACAGUAACGCCUCCAGCAAUUCGUCUGGAUUCAUCUUCCUGACCGCCAGCAACUCCGCAAACGGCCUGAACCUCAACACAUCUGUGAGCACUGUAAACAGUAUCCAGGGUAUUGUGGUAAACAACCAAACCAUGAACAAGACCUACAUCCAGUGUGUCUUCAGCACCUCCGUCAACCUGACCACCAACUCCACCUCCACCUCCACCAAGAGUUCACCCAACAGCUAUUACGUCUCCAUCUUCAGCGGAGUUAUGAACGGUGACACACCAGGUUCCCCCAAUACAGAGUUCAACUCCACCACACUGCUGGACCUGACCGAUCCUAAAGCAAACACUGCCAACAGCACCAGCAGCGCCACCACUGCCCCCAGCGCCGUCACCGCGGGCAGCGACUCUCUGUUCAGCCCCGUCGCUCGCGCUCUGUCCAUCCUGCUCAGCGCCGUUGGUCUUCUUCUCCUGUACUAAAGGACCAGCCUCUCAAAUCCCGUCUUAUCUCCAGCACAUCUCUCAGGGUUAAUGAGCACUGUGUACAGCAGGGUUCCUGCAGGCCAGCCUGUGUGUGUGUGUAAGAGUGUGUGAGAGUGUGUGUGAGAGUGUGUGUGAGUGUGAGCACAUGAACUGGAGACAUGUUAUGAAGCCGGCGCUGAUUGGUCGAGCAUGUUGUCCCUCCUGUCCUCCUCAGCGUGGUCUGUUUAUUCCUGUGGUCUCUCAGAAAGGGCUCUGAACUCCAGCUCUUCGCUUUUACAUUCUGCUGCUUUGCGUCGGCGUGGAGCGCACGCGAGUUAGUGGCGUGUGCCGACGCCUGUGGUGUAUAUGCUAUUAUUUUAAACGAUUAUCCGAUUUCCCACUAGUUUAUAUAUAUAUAUAUAAAAAUAUAAAUAUCUAUAAUUAUAAUGACGUUAUUUUACACACUGUUUUUUCACCUGUAAUGUUUUUGAUCAGGAAGAUAAUAUUGCUGAUUAAAGUUUAUUUUACAUAAUAUA